AUGCUUGCUGAUGAAUAUGCCGCCGUUCCAAAGAACUACCAGCAUGCCCUGUCCUUAGUCUUUGCUGUGAAGGAAGUCAAUAAGAACUCCAAGAUUUUACUAAACAUCACUCUGGGAUUCCAGAUCUAUGACAGCUACUUCAAUGCAAGGAUGACUUAUCAGAAUACUUUGAAUCUUGUCUCUAGCCAUGAGAAGACUGUUCCCAACUACAAGUGUGGCGCUGAGAAGAACCUGAUAGCUGUCAUUGGGGGUCUUGACUCUGAAACGUCAAUCUACAUGGAUUCCAUCUUAAGCUGCUACAAGAUUCCACAGGUCACCUAUUCUGCAGCAGUGAGUGCAAAACAACAUAUUUCUUCCUUAUACCAAAUGGCCCCCAGUGAAGCAGAUCAAUACAAUGGGAUUGUUCGGCUUCUUCUGUAUUUCCAAUGGAUGUGGGUUGGGGUCUUUGUUACAGCUGACAAUAAAGGAGAAAUGUUUGUGAAGACACUGACACACCAGUUUUCCUUGAAUGAAAUCUGUGCAGCCAGCAUUGAAAGAUUGCCAAGUGCCAGUCAUUUUUUCAACAUUUUUGAGGUGAUGGAGAAAUGUCAGGGAGUGGCCAUUUCCCUGAGCAAAAUCAAUGUCAAUGUGUUUGUUGUAAAUGCAGACACUUACACCAUGAAAUUUUUGCAGUGGAUUCUAAUAGCGGGUGUAAUGUCUGGUGUGGCAAUAAACAAGGUCUGGGUUAUGACGGCCGACUGGGAUUUCUCAUCAGAAACAUUUCACAGAGAUCUAGAUAUACAAAACUUCCACGGUGCCUUAUCCUUUGCCAUUCAUUCCAGUGAGGUUAAGGGGUUCCACAGUUUCCUCCUGAACCUAAAUCCCCACUCUGAGGCCGAUGGCUUUAUCAGGUUCUUCUGGGAACAGGCAUUUGGUUGCCAAUUUCUAGAUGUGGAGACAGAGGAGGAAUCCUGCAGUGGUGAGGAGAAGCUGGAGAGCCUUCCUGGGGCUUUUUUUGAAAUGCAGAUGACCAGCCAAAGCUACAGCAUCUACAAUGCCGUCUAUGCUGUGGCGCAUGCUUUACAUGCCAUGUUUGCAUCCAGAACCAAACAGAGAGAGGUGGUACUUGGUGACUAUCUGAGACCUCAAAAGCCACACCAUUUCCAGCUUCAGUCUUUCCUGAGGAGUAUUUCGUUUAACAACAGUGCUGGGGACAUUGUGUCUUUUAAUGAGAACGGUGAACUAGAAAAUGGAUUUGAUAUUAUCAACUGGUUGACUUUCCCAAAUAAGUCCUUCUUACGAGUCAAAGUUGGGAAAAUGGAUUCUCAAGCUCCACUCGGCAGAGAUUUCUCCAUUAAUGAAAAGAUCAUUAGAUGGCACCAGAGUUUUAACCAGGUUGUGCCCCUCGCCCUGUGUAAUAACCACUGCCACCCAGGUUACAGCAGACAAAGGAAAGAGGGGGAGCCAUUUUGUUGCUAUGAUUGUGUUCCAUGUCCAGAAGGGAAGAUUUCAAACCAGACAGAUAUGAAUGACUGCUUCCAGUGCCAAGAAGAUCAGUAUCCUAACCAAGAGAGAAACCAGUGCAUCCCCAAGAAAGAAAACUUCUUAUCUUAUGAAGCACCUUUAGGCAUCAGUUUGGCUCUUCUGGCUCUGGCUUUUUCUGCAACUACAGCUUUGGUGUUUGGAAUCUUCAUCAAACAUCAAAAGACUCCCAUUGUCAAAGCCAACAACCGGAAUCUCACCUACACCCUGCUCAUCUCCCUCCUGCUCUGCUUCCUCUGCUCCUUGCUAUUCAUUGGCCAGCCUCAGAUCCCAACCUGCUAUUUACGACAAACUGCUUUUGGUAUCAUCUUCUCAGUGGCUGUUUCUUCUGUUUUGGCUAAAACCCUCACUGUGGUUCUGGCUUUCAUGGCUACCAAGCCAGGAUCCAAGAUGAGGAAAUGGGUGGGGAAAAGAUUUUCAACCUCUAUUGUUCUUGGUUGUGCUUCUGUCCAGGCAAGUAUUUGUAUAGUAUGGCUCUGUACUGACCCUCCUUUUCCGGAUGUGGACAUGCACUCUCUGCCUGAAGAAGUCAUAGUGGAAUGCAAUGAAGGUUCAGCCAACAUGUUCUACUAUCUUCUUGGUUACAUGGGAUUGCUGGCUCUUGUCAGCUUUGUUGUGGCUUUCUUUGCUCGGAAGCUGCCAGACACUUUUAAUGAAGCCAAAUUUAUCACUUUCAGCAUGUUGGUGUUUUGCAGUGUGUGGCUUUCUUUUGUUCCAACCUACUUAAGCACCAAAGGGAAGUACAUGGUGGCUGUGGAGAUCUUCUCCAUAUUGGCCUCCAGUGCUGGGACCUUGGGUUGUAUCUUCUUCCCCAAAUGCUAUAUUAUUGUCUUCAAGCCUGAACUCAACUCAAAAGAGCAGCUAAAAAAGAGAAAUAAGUAA